AUGGCCUCUCAGACCAUGGAAGCGAUCUACUAUGAGAAGGCGGGUUCAUUCAAGCUUGCCAUGGUUCCAGUACCAGAGUUCAAACCCCGUGAGGUGCUGAUUAAAGGUCUUUGCGGGUCCGAUCUGCAUCUAAAUGGCGAGACGAACAUUGUAACCUAUCUCUUCAUCCCUGGGCAUGAAGUCGUCGGCGUCAUAGCCCAAGUCGGCAGUGCCGUUACCGGGUUCUCCAAAGGCGACCGCGUUGUCGCAGAUCCUUUGGUCGAGUGUGGUCACUGCUUCUUCUGCCUCCGCGCGGAGUUCGUGCUUUGCGAGAACCUCAACGGACAUGGAGUCAGCAUCCCUGGGGGCUUCAGCCAAUACGUCGCUUUUGAGGUCCGCAAAGUGUUCAGAACGUUCAAGAUCCACAACAUCUCCGACGAAGAAGCGAUACUCAUCGAGCCCACCGCCUGCGCCAUCCACGGCAUCGACAAACUCGAUGUCAAACUGGGUAUCGAGACACUCGUCAUCGGCGCGGGACCCACCGGGCUUGUCCUCGCACAACUUCUCAAACUGUAUGGCGCAUCCAAGGUCGUGAUAGCGGCGAAUAAGGGCAUCAAGACGGAGCUCGCACGCAAGUUGGCUGCGGCAGAUGAGUAUGUCGAACUGGACCGGGCGGACCCAAAGCCGCAGUGGGAGAAGCUGAAGAAGGACCAUCCGUAUGGCUUCGAUGUGGUGGUGGAGGCGACAGGAUCAGCCGCCCUCGCGAACGACGCCAUCAACUACGUGCGGCGAGGCGGUUCGCUCUUGGUGUACAGCGUUUACGACCCGAGUGCUCUGGUCCAGUGGUCUCCUGCCAAGAUAUUCAUCGACGAGAUAAAGAUCGUUGGCUCGUUCUCACAGCCGAACUACUUCCCGCGGGCGGUGGCUUACCUCGACAGCGGCAAGAUCAACGUCAAGGGAUUGGUGACGGACGUGUUUAAGCUGUCAGAAUUUCAGCAAGCUCUGGACAAACACAAGAGUCGGGACGUAGGGAAGAUCGCCGUCAGGCCUUAAGAUACCGUGUACAGGUGUUCUCUAAGUCUGCAGGAUCUAUAGCUGUAUGUAUA